AUGAAAGAUAUUGCUAGAUCUUUAACCACAAAUGGUGUUACGGUGACUGAUGAAGAACUGCUGUUAUAUUUGCUUUAUGGACUUGGACUGGAGUAUGAUGCCAUGGUAGCAACCUUAACUGCUAGAACGUAUGUCAAUGAUAUAUUACUCACUGGAAAUGACAAAUCUUUCAUUCAACAAGUUGUUGCUGACUUGGAUGCCACUCUUGGUCUUCAAAUUCUCGGGUCCGUUCAUUACUUCUUAGGAAUUUUCGUGAAUCAAAUUGCUCAUGGAUUACAACUAAACCAGAGCAAGUAUGCUCAAGAGAUUCUUCUCAAGUUUGGUAUGCAACACUGUAAUCCUUGUUCAACGCCCAUGCUUGAAGGUUAUACAGAUUCUGACUGGGCCAGUAGCCUUUCUGAUCGCCAGUCCAUAAGUGGCUAUUGCAUUUUUCUUGGCUCUAAUCUGGUUCAAUGGAGCUCCAAAAAACAACAGGUUGUCGCCUUAUCAUCUACUGAAGCUGAAUAUUGCGCCUUGGCUCAAGCCUCCAUUGAGAUCACCUGGCUCCAGAAGUUAUUUCAGGAGCUUCACAUAACUAUCCCAAGUAUUCUAGUUCUCUGGUGCGAUAAUACCAGUGUCAGCGCCCUUGCUUCCAACCCUGUUUUCCAUGCCUGCACAAAACACAUCGAAAUUGAUGUGCAUUUUGUUCGGAAGAUGGUUCAGUCUUAG